AUGCUGGAGAAAAUGUCCAGACGUAACCGCUCCCUGCUGUCCCUGUCCCUCACCUCUCUGGCCCUCACCCUGUCCGUCUCGGCUUUCUGCACCUCCUACUGGUGCGAGGGAACACACAAGGUGGUGAAGCCACUCUGCCUGUCGCCGGUGAAGAUGAAAAACUGUGGGCAGAACAACAGCCAGCCAUACACCACAGAGGCCCCCACGCCGGACCCCAAGAACCCGGCCUCCAACGUGACGCUGUCUCCGCUGCAGAAAGAGGAGCUGGCCAGGAUAAAGAGGAAGCAGCUGGCCAAUGCCGUCCACUACAUCUGGGAGACGGGCGAGGACAAAUACAUGCUGCGUUAUUUCCACACGGGUUUCUGGCUCUCCUGUGAGAAGCACAACGAAGGUGAUGAUCAGGAGGAAAAGUGUCGCAGCUUCAUUGAGCUGACGCCAGGAGAAACACAAGGCGUCCUCUGGCUGUCCGUCAUCAGUGAGUUCAUGUACAUCGGUCUUUUGGCCAUGGGCUUCCUGCUGAUGUGUGUGGAAGUGAUUUGCCUCUGUGCCAAGAGGGAGAUGAACGCCCUCAAGAUCAACGCCUUCGCCGCCAUGUGCACCGUCCUCUCAGGUAUGAUGGGGAUGGUCGCACACAUGAUGUACACCACAGUGUUUCAGAUGACUGUCAGCAUUGGACCCAAAGACUGGAGGCCACAGACCUGGGACUACGGAUGGUCCUUUGCCAUGGCGUGGCUGUCGUUCAGCUGCUGCAUGGCAGCCGCGGUGGCCACACUCAACUCCUACACAAAGACCAUCAUCGAGAUGAAGCACAGGGCCCGGGUGAGGCUGGAGGAGGCCCGAGCCGCCGCCCGCGCCCCCUCCUAUGAAGAGGUCGUUAGAGCCGGUGGUGGAGGGGUUUACUCCGUCAGCCAGCUGAUUCAGCUCGGCCAGCAGGGAGCGCUCAUGGACCCGCUCUGGCCCAGAGGAGUGGGACCAGCUGUCGGACCUCUGGCAUGUGGAGCUGGGGGAGCGCUGCUCGUUGGUGGAGGAGGAAUUGGAGUUGGAGGGAUGGGAAUGGGUGGAGUUGGAGUGGGAGGAAUGGCAGUGAUGGAAGGAGUUGGAGGAAACGGGGUUGGAAUGGGAGUGGGAGCAGUAGGAGGAGUUGGGGUAAUGGGUGUGGGAACACUGGGAGCACUGGGAGGAGGUGGAAUGGGUGUAGGAAGGCUGGUGGACCCUCAUGGUGUAGUGGUGGUGGAGGGAUGUGGUGCUGAAGGAUGUGAAGACUGUGAACGGGAGAUGGACGAGAUGGAUUACGCUCUGCAGGAGGAGAGAGAUGGCUCACUCUGCUAG